AUGAAGCUCUGCGGCUAUGAUGCAAUCUUAGCCCAAAAUGAACAAAUGCACAAGAAACAACAAGAACAAUUAGAUGCUCUUACUAAACAAUUUAAUCUUUCUCAAGUUUCUUCUGUUAGUAAUUCUCAAAUUAAAUGUAGUAUUUGUGCAGAGGCUCAUGGGACUGAAGAUUGUGACUAUAUGAGAACAACUGAAAAGCCACCAGCAGAGGCCAGUGGAGUCUGUUACAAAACAAAUCAUCAACUGAAUCCUCCUAUGCCACUGCAACAACAACUACCACCUCAAGGCACCACUUCAGAAUGGGAAAAGGCUUUUGCACAGCUAUCCAAGACCACAUCAGGCUACAUUCAAAAUGCAGAUGCCUUCAGAGAUGAAACACGAGCAUCAUUCCAGAAUCAAGAAGCUUCUAUCCAGAAUCUGGAAACUCAGAUUGGCCAGCUGUCAAAGCAAUUUGUUGAAAGAACGCAUGGCACCUUUCCAAGUAACACCGACACGAAUCCAAAUGCUCAAUGUAAUUCAAUUGUUACUAGAAGUGGGAUCGUGAUCCAACCCGUGGAAAAGCCACCAGUGGAGAAGAAGAAAGAAGCAGAACCUGUAGCUGAAAAGGAGAAAGAAGAACAUGCAGAAGAAGUUGAAAAGAGCAAUCCAGAGAAGAAGUUGUUCAAAUGGUUGAAACAAGAGAUCCAGAAACAACAAUACACCAAAUUUCUGGAUAUCUUCAAGAAGCUGCAAGUGAACAUUCCUUUCGUAGAAGCCCUGGAAAGCAUGCCUAACUAUGCGAAGUUCAUGAAAGACCUUCUGUCAACGAAGCGCAAGCUAAAGGAGUGCGAAACAGUGGCCCUAACAAAGGAGUGCAGUGCAAUCAUCUAG